AUGACAACAUCCACCUACGAUCUAUGCCUCUUGCACUGCAUUGACCAGUCACAAGGAUUUGGCAUUGUUGGCAUGCAGACCGAUGACACCCUCAUCCUCGCCAACAACACUUUUGCGAACCACGAGGAGAAUGAGAUUAAACGAGCUAAUAUUCUUUGCAAACCACGAGAGAAGCUUACACCUUCGAACCCGUUAAAAUUCAACGGUGGCCUUAUUACGGAGGAUGUCCAGGGUAUUACCCUCACCCAGGAACGCACUUGUAAGCUCAUACGGCCUGUACAAGAUCGAUAUGCGGAUACAACGAGUUCCCGAGGCAAGGUCCGAAAGGACGUAUCGCCGCAGGAACAAUAUGUGGCUCAACGCGCACUUGGAGCCUACAUUGCUUCCGUAUCGCAGCCUGAGGCUUCUUUUGAUCUAUCCUUUGUUAUUGUUCUCGCAGAUGCCGCAAAUAACGCAAAUAUUGUGCACUGGUCCUCAAUCAAGUGCAAGCGCGUCACAAGAAGUGUACUUGCUUCUGAACUUUAUGCCAUGGUUCACGGCUUCGAUUCGGCUGCGUCAAUCAAAUCAACAACAAUGCAACUUCUACAUCUUACCAAGCCCCUACCCCUUGUUAUCUGCACUGACUCGAAGAGCCUGUAUGAAUGUCUCAUCAAAUUAGGCACUACCCAAGAAAAGUGUCUAAUGAUUGACCUCAUGUGCCUCCAACAGUCAUACAAGCGCCAAGAAAUUGCAGAGAUCAAGUGGAUUAACGGUGAAAGCAAUCCAGCUGAUGCCAUAACAAAGAGCAAACCAUGUCGCGCUUUACAGGCACUUAUCGACACAAAUAAGCUUAAUAUUAAUGUGGAUGGAUGGCGCGUUUCGGCACUGGAUAUCAGUUGCUCCCCCCGUACGAUCUAUUCUAUUCUCCAAGAAUCUGGAUAUAGCCAUUGGAAAGCUCGUCAACGGCCAUUAUUGAAGCCCGAACAUGCCCAGCUUCGCUAUGAAUUCGCUAAGAAAUAUGCAGAUUGGAAGUAUGAGGAUUGGUGCAAGGUUAUCUUUACGGAUGAAUGCUCAAUUGAGCUAGGCUCUGGGAAGCAGGGUAGAUGGGUUUUUCGGCUCAAUCGAGCUGGCGAGAAAUGGAAGCAAAGAUAUAUUCAACCAGUCAAAAACGGCAAGGGGAUUAGGAUCAUGGUUUGGGCUGCAAUCUGGGGUUCAAAAAGAUCAGAUUUGCUUCAACUAGAGCCAGAUUUUGAAUCUAAAAAGCAGGGAUACUCCUCGGUAUCCUAUAUUCAAAUUUUGGAGGAAAUGGUGCCUACAAUUUGGGAACCAGGCUUGAUUUUUAUGCAGGAUAAUGCGCCUAUACAUAUAUCCAAAAAAUCAAGGGCUUGGUUUACAGAUAACGCCGUGAAAUUGCUUGAAUGGCCGCCAUAUUCGCCAGAUUUGAACCCCAUCGAGAACCUCUGGUUUCCAUUGAAGGCUGGGGUCUAUGUAGUCAAUCCAGAUAUUGAAUUGGCUACCGGGGGUGUAGAUAAGAUACGUGAGAUCCUCUUUGCAGCGGCAGAGCCCUCAUGGAGUAAUAUUCAGGAGGUUAGAGGCGGUGAGGAAGGCUAG